UGCAGUGAUGUCAUGUUGUUCAGUUUCUUUUGUGUUAUAGCAUGACUUCAACCAAUGUAGAUUCAUCCACCUAGUUCCUAUUGACUCCAGUUUGCUAAGGUUUCUUCAUGCAUAAUCAGUCAAACGUUGUGUUGAUGUUGACAGUCAGUCUCAACGCACCUCUGGAGUUUUGCUGUUUUGUUCAUGUUUCGACCAAGACUGUAAUGGUUCAGGAGUUAAGUCAACCAUCAUUUACAGUAGGAGGUGGUGGGAUUGCACAGCUUAGAUCAAAUCUAUUGGUUGUAGAAUUUCUUCACUUUGUCAAAGAAAACUGCUUAUAUGAAGUGGUCCUAUAGUUGUCUUUUUAAGUGGCCUGCAAGUGAAUUGAUGAGGUGUACUGAUGGUCAUGAAGAGUUGGCAAAUGUCAGAUGCCAAUAUCCAUUGAUGAGGGAGCGCAUGAAUCUAGUGUUCAUCGAUCAUGUCAUGAGAUGUUGUUUACUGCUGAGCAACAUAGAGACUCCUUACAGCCAACAGUGAGCUGAAGUCAUCAGAUACCCAUUCCAAUCCACGUCAAGGUUUCUUGAUAUACAUCUUGUUCACCGCGUUUGAGUAAAAUCGGAAGCUGAAUAUUAAUGAGGCGAUAUGAGUGAAGAGGAAAAAAAAUCAGAAGAUGAUAUUGAUGAAGAUGAAGAAGAAACCAUCACAGCUGUAGCCCCAGCAGUAAUCCUUCAAGAAGAGGAACCUGCAGAUGUGACUACAAGUCCUGCUUUUCAGUGCCUGGAUGAAUUGUUUUCUGCUGGAAAAAUUGCAGGAACUCAAAUUGGUCAUUUGAAAUCCAAAUACAUUCUAUUGCAUGAAGCUUUAAGAAGGACGCAGGAGUCUGAGGUUAAGUUAUUACAGGAUGCCAAGUUGUUUACUGCUGAAUUGGAGCGCCAAAGGCAAGAGUUGGAAAAAGCUGAUCAGUUUCCUGACAGCUAUGAUACAGAGGUCAACAAACUAAGACAGCAGCUGCUUCAUUGUCAGAAUGAAUUGAACCAGACAGAAGAGCGUAUUUCUCGGCAGAAACACAGAACUGUAUAUUUGCAAGAAGAAUUGGAAAUGUUUAAAAAAGACUUUGAGAGACUACCGAAAGCUGCAGAUUUUGAAAGAAAGACAAAAGCAUUGAGAGAAGAUUGUAUUGAGCUAAGUAGAGAGAUUACACAGAGAAAACGUGAAAUCAAAACAACAAAAGAAGAGUUGGAAAGCAAAAUAGAAGAAGUGAAAAAUAUGCAACAAGAACUGGAAAAGAAGCAAGAGAAUGAAGAACACCUCAAACUUGAUCUGGUCCAAUUGCACACUGUUCCUGUUCAGCUGGCCAAAGAUAUACAGAAGUUGAAUCGCAAAAGAAACAAUCUGGAGAAGGCAAAAGCUGAAAUAGAUGCACAAUACAACGAACUUCUUGGUUCAGUCCAACAAAUAGAAAAUAAAUGCAGAAUGGUCGAAGAUGAGAAAUUGGAGGUAAUGAAGGAGUUGGAUGAAAAAAGGGCUUUACUGGACAGUAAAGAGCAAGAACACAACCAGUUAGUUAAGACUGUUGAGUUGGGCAAAGAAAAUGAAUCUACGUUAAUGGGACAAAGAGCUUCCCUGGAUUUGCAUCUACGUUACAUCCAAACUGAAAAGAAAAUACUGUCUGAUACAGUGGUGGUGAAACAAAGAGAGAAGGAUCGAGAGCUCCGAAAGACAAAGAAAAAGGAAAAACAGCUGAAGUCAUCAGUGGAUGCACUGGCAUAUGCUGAAUUUAGCUAUGAAAAAAUUAAAGCACAGGUAGAAUCUUUUCCGAUUGGUGGAGCAUUUUUGGAAAGGAGGAAUGAAUUAGAAAAUGAGGUUAAAAGUUUAAAAAGAAAACUAGCAGACCAGCUUUCUUUGACGGAGGUAGAGGUUAAUUUAUUGCGUAAACGGAUGCUUGAAGAAGAUAAUCUCAUCUCAGAACAAAGACGUGCACGUGAAGAGGUUAUAAAUCUAACCCGGCUUGCCCAGAUCAGGUCUGAUGAGAAAGAUCAGAAAGCAAGGGAUCUAAUGAAUAUGCAGCAUAAGCGUGAACGAACUAUAGAAGAGCUGAAAGAGGAGAAACUAACCUUACAGAAUUCUGAAAAGAAGCAUAGACAUAUGCUGGUUAGCCUAAAGAAUUUUGUCAAAGUGUAUCAGACCAUCAAAAAUGAAAGAAAUAAAUAUGUUAAUCUCAUACAAAGUGCAGCACAGAUAUCUGCAGAAAUGCGAGAAAAGAUAAAAAUUCUACAGAACGAAAUGGAAAUUCUCAGGACUACUACACUGCUCAAAGAUAGCCAGCUUCAAAAAUACAAGUUAAAGCAUUCUAACAGCCAUGUCAUCAGAGAUAGCCUGCGGAGAGCAAUAUGCAAAAUCGACCAGGUUCUUCGAGAAUUGGGAGAAAAGAGAGAAGGCCAAAAGAUAAAAAUUGUUAAACUUAGUUCUCUGAUUAACCAGGCUGAAGAGGAAAUGAUACAGCUCCGCAAAAAAUACGAGAAUGUCGUUCAGGUUCGCAAUGAAAGGGGAAUACAUUUGAUUGAAAGAGAAGAGGAAGUUUGCAUUUUCUAUGAGAAACUAAGCAUUCAGGACUCAUUGAUUAGUAAUGGAGAUGUGGAAUUACACAGUAUGGAGGACGAAAUAAGAUUCCUGAAUAUUCUACUGAAAGAGGAAAACAGACAGAUUGAAAAAGUUCGCAAAGAUGUGCCGAGUAAACAUGAAAUGGAGUCAAAUUUGAUCACUUUACAGAAAGAGCUUGCACUAUAUCAGGACAAGGUCCAAAAUCUUGAGAAGACCUUAGUGGACUCUUCAUGUGAGAACAGAUCACGAUUACUGGGAGGAGAUGAUCCAUCAUUUGAAGAACUGAGCAAAAGAAUAGAAGAGAUGGACUUAAAACUAGUGAGAAAAGAGGAACAAUUAUUGGAAAAGGAUCUUAUCACUGAUCAGGUGACACGCCUUUCUGAACGAAUUAAUGCUAAAGCAAUAAAUGGUAAACAGGACACACUGACCUUAGCCAAAAAGGUGAAUGAAAUGCAAGGAAAGGUCAAAGAUGUUACACGAAAGAUGAUGGCCGUGGUUUCUGAGCUGUCUAUGCAACAGGCCAAUGCCAUACAACUCCAACAGGAUGUCAGGGAUAAGCAGCAGUUUCUGGAAACAUGUUGCCUACGGAUGGAGCAGGGAAUGGCACCCAGUGAAGAAUUUGAAUCUGAAUGGCUAAAACUAGUGGAUAAAGAAAAUAGACACAAAAGAGAGAUGGAGAUGAAAAACAAGGAAACUGAAGAGGAAGAAAAGCAUUUAUUGCCCGGUGGAGUAUUUACAACAGCUGAGCCGAGGCCGAAUGCAUAUAUCCCAGAUGGUGAUUCUGGAUUACCUAUUCCACGACCUUAUGGAAAAAUGGUUCCAUUUAAACCCAGUGAGCCCAGUGCACACAUGCGACAUUAUAGAAAACCAGUCAUUAAGCCAAUUGAAAUAUAAUGAUAUGACAACUAUAUUCUAAAACAUUACCACAUUAUACUCCAGAAUUCACCUACAAAGGAGACAUUUUCUUUGGUGAUAAUAAAACAGCUAGAAGGAUAAAUUGUUUACAAAUUGUUACUUUUUAAAAUUUAUAGAUCUUGAUUUGUUGUUAAUGUAUAACUUUCAUUUAACAGUUUUAUUUUGACAGAUUUACAUAUGCAGACCAGUUUGUACUGACUAAACUCUGACACCUUCUACUCAACUGAAAUUAGAUUGUCUUCCAAGAUACUUUAUCUGGUAAAAAUAUUGAAAAUGCCAAAACCAGAUACAAGAUGCCAAUGUUAAAACUCUGCUAAAAGUUUGUUAUUGUUGUAGAAGGUGGUCACUCAGUCUAUUAUGUUAAGCAUUAGAGAAUUAUCAGAAGACAUUGUGUUUAGCAAUUAUCUUUCUACACAAUUAAACCACAUCUAAAUUAGUAUAUUCUGAGGGUUCCAUGUUCUGUUUUUGUACAACUCAAUGUUACAAAGUUGCUGAAUAAUGUGAUUAUCAUAUUUGUCUUUGUGAAUUUCAACAUAAUUAUCAAAUCAAUUACAUGAGAUCAAUUUAAUUUUCGAUAAAGAAACAUUUUUGCUACAUAAUGGUCAGCAGUUGUUGCUAAAGUUAUCUGGGUGAAUUUUACAAUAUAAUCAGCAACUUGUACUUAUGUAUGGCCUUGAAUGUGGAAAAUGAGGAGUCAAUAGCCCAAUGGUAUUGUCACUGAUUUAGUAAUCCGGAGAUCCUGGUAAUACCUUGGGACCUGGUUAUGAACUUCAUGAAGUCUGGAAUCAAAAGGGUAAUGGACAAUUAAAAUAAUUGUCAGUUGCAGUAAAAAUCUCUGAUUCACUAAUCUCUUUUAGGGAAGGAAUUCUGCUGUCCUACAUAGAACAUUGAACAAAACAGCGCAGAACAGGCCC